AUGGCUACUCCACCACGCGGCACUCCACCUGGAGAUAGGCGGCAGUAUCUGUCUCCUGCUCGUGCGAGUCCAUCCCCGACGCAGCCAUCGCCACUCUUCCGCGCUGCGUCAUAUCCACACUCUCUCACCGGCUCUGGACACAUACGUCCGGCUUCGCCGGCGACCAAUCUGACGUAUAGUCAACUGGCCUACGGGAUUGCGCCCCCGAACAUUAGUCGACGAGGGUCGGCGGCUAGUACGACAUCAAGCAUAAACCCGUCUGAGCGCGCGGAACAGAUACUACAGAAUGUAUAUACCAAGGUCGCUCAAGUCAUUGUGCAAGCCCGUGCGACCGGCUUGCCAGCGUCCGCACACGGAAAGAAGCCAAACAAGUGGUUCAAUCUCGAAACGUACGACAUUGACAUUUUGAAGGAGGAUUUGAAGUAUUGGCGAGCUCAUGCUGUGUCCGCACCUCAACCGAUGCUCCUCGAUGUCUAUCUCGACAUCUCCUCGGGAACACCAGAUCAGACCCUCCUUUUGCGCGAUGAAAUGACGAUGCGGCGUCAACGUAUCGGAGCGGAGAAUCUGGUGACAGUCGAUGCCCAAUCUGGCGCUGAUCUGAGAGUCAAUACGAUACUUCUGGAGUCUUGGCAGCUCACCUUGUCUCAAGCUGCUUCAUCGCAACCCCCAGAACUUCCUCUGGUUUACAAAAAGUCCGUCGCAUUUUUCAGAUCUUUGUACAGCUAUAUACGGCUUCUUCCCGCCUAUCGUUUGUACCGAAGAUUUCGGCGCAAGCAGACCAACCUGCGAAUCGGAUAUCGUCUGUCCACCUCGCGGAUGAUGCCUCUUGAUGAGGCAGGAUUGGAUCAAUUGCAUAGUAGCGGAGACAUGCGCCGUGGGAUUGAAGAGUUUGACUUUGGGUCCAUCGACACUCCUUUUGGAGUUUUCAGUUUACACGUCAAUUAUCGGCUGGAGUGCGACUUUUCGGUUGAGGACGCGAAAAGUACUAUCCUUAGCUCGCGGGGAACUGAUCUAGAUGAGAACUACUUCUCUCCUAGGUCGCAGUCUGGAAUACAGGAAACGGGGACAGAUCCGUUAAUUCCGCAACCGCGGCGGAGCAGUUCCUCCUCGAGCAGGAAAGGCUUCUUUUACGAGGGCGAGGAUGUAUUCACAAACCCAGCUGUGGCGGGCUCUGUUCCUCGGCGGCUUACCAGAUUUGGGUCGCAAACAUCGUUGCAAAGCCAUGAUAGCAGUGGGAAUCGACAUUCUCCUGUCAACAUACCGCCCGCCUCUUUGCCACCCCGAGCUUAUCGCGCGAACUCCAUCACCUCGAACACUUCAUCACCGGGAGCAGCCCACAUGUACUCUGGCAUCAUUGCAUCACCUUCAUCUCGACGAUCAUCGACUAACCCGCAAACCGGCGAUAGGAGAUAUUCCUGGCAACAAUCUCCAGCGAUCAAACCGGUCGCUCCUACAUUCACGCCGCCUUCGACGGGGUUCUCUCUACACAAGCAGGAGUCCGACGUCUGGCGGCGUGAUCCACCGCCUUUCUCUACAACGCGGCAAGCUAGUGGAGAUCAAAGGCUCUUCACGUCAGCUCUACCACCGAUGGACUCCGCCCCAUUUGCGUCGCAACCUCCCGCGCAAACGACCUCCCAAGCGGUCAUGAGAGUUGACCAUCCCGGAUCGGCAUCGUCCACGGGUAACGUCUCACGGCGUCCCUCUCUCACCUUCGUAACUGGCGACGCUCACGAAGUGAUGCCACCAGACUCCAUUCUCUUGUUUACGCCAAGCACUUCCACAGCGGGCAGAUCCCCAAUGCAGGGGCUAGAGAACCCGUCCCUGGGAGGACCGGACCCUGGGACUGGGCCCGAGCCAGGUCGAGAGUUGGAGAGCGGCGAACUGCUCAACUUCUUCCGGACGCUCGAAAUGAAUCGGAAAAGGCUUGAAAAUCGCGAAAUGGGUUCCAGCCAAGCCGAAAACAGCAGCCUUCCGGUGGUCGAAGCCUCUCAAUCCAGAUUGUCGAAAACGAGGAUAGCGUUGGCGCGGUAUCAUCAGCUCAAUCAGCUGAAUGCGUCCUUCUCAGAGUCUCUGUCGCAUAUGGCGGCUUCGGACGAUUCGCAGGGCCACUCGUCGGAGACAUGCAAUGAAACACGGGUUUUGCAACAUCACACCCACCAUUCUCACGUUCCUCACGCUCACGGAUCCCAUCGCUCCCCUCGGGUGAAGGAACUCAGCACGGUGCCCCAGUCCCCCAGUGAUUCUUUCCAAAAAGCCGAGGAGCCUUCCGGGAUACCGGAAGCCUCAGGCGUAGCAUAUGUUCCGCCUUCGAUCAGCUCGGCACCCUCACGCAACGUUGACGCGAAUCAACCUCGGACUUCGGCAGAACGCUGGACGCAGCAGGAGCAUCUAUCUUUCCAUACGUCUACAUCCCGCGAUCCGGUGCAUCAUCGAAACGACACACAGCCCGGAAAUACCCAACCGAUGGGUGGCAAUCCGCACAACCUAUCGCAACAGCAAACGAACCAACCGGGGCCCAAUCCACCACAAUCAUGGCACAACCCAGAGCAAGGUCGGCAGGCCCAGAUCCGCGAUCAGUAUGGCAACCGCGCCCAUCAUCGCCGGCGCACGUCCCGUGGUGACUUUGUUCCCAGCGACGAGGAUGAAGAACUUCUCUUCGAGAUGAGCGGCUUGGAUAUUCUUGAUCCGCGUGGGCCGUAA